CGCAUGCGCAAGUUUUUCGGCGUGCGCUCGACACGAGAUUGCAGAAAGUGACCGACGCCGGACAAAACAGAUACAUUUUCUAGUAUUAAUUUCACCAUGGCAUCAACAUCAGAAACAUGCUGUACAACGGAUCUUAAAGUCGGCUUUAUGGGAGCCGGCAGGAUGGCCUAUGCUAUCACCCGUGGAAUCGUCAAUGCAGGUCUGGUCAGACCAUCAAACAUCAUUGUCAGUGAUCCAAGUCCACUUAUGAAGAAUGAGUUUGAGGAACUUGGAGUGGCCUUCACAGAUGACAACAAAGAAGUAGUUGCUCGCAGCCAGUUGAUUGUACUUUCAGUCAAACCAAACAUGGUGAAACCAGUCCUUCAAGAAGUAUCGUCACUCAUUUCAAAAGACAAUAUUAUUGUCUCUAUUGCAGCUGGAAUCAAGUUAGCUACAAUAGAAGAGCUUUUACCGUCUGGCACCCGUGUUGUGCGAGUCAUGCCUAAUACACCAGUGCUAGUGCAAGCUGGUGCCGCUGUUCUGGCACCAGGAUCUGCGGCAAACCCUCGAGAUGCGCAGCUGGUGGCUCAGCUGCUUAGCAGUGUUGGAAUUUGUGAACAGGCCAGUGAAAAGCUGCUGGAUGCAGUCACUGGACUAAGUGGCAGUGGACCCGCCUAUGCUUUCGCAGCAAUUGAGGCUAUGGCUGAUGGAGGAGUGAAGAUGGGGCUGCCCCGUGAUUUGGCCAUGAAACUUGCUGCCCAGACUAUGCUGGGAGCAGCAAAAAUGGUGGUGGAAACGGGCCGACAUCCGGGGCAGCUGAAAGAUGAGGUCUGUUCGCCAGGAGGAACCACAAUCACAGCGAUGCAUGUGCUGGAGAAGAACGGGUUUCGAGCUUCACUGAUCGAUGCCGUGGAAGCAGCAACAAAGCGUGCAGAAGAACUGGGGCAGCAAUAAUCCAUACCUCAUUUUUUGAGGCUAAUCUCUUUUUGGUGCAUUAUGCAUGCUGUCGCACUGCAGUUUUAUAUUUUCACGAACAUUGAAGAAAAAAAGAAAACUGCAUCAAGAAAUAAUAGAAUCACUUAAGUGCAUUUUGCAUAUAGCAUUUCAUGACAUUGAACGUCUCAUUUGAUGUUUAUAAUGGCUUGCUGUCUCUAAGAUUAACAAUACUCUUGUGUCAUUGAAAAAUAGCUUUUGUUUUUUCUCCAAAGUUGCUUUGCUCACUUAAUAUUUGUUUAAAUGUAAACUUUUGUCUCAAAGAGAUUCAUCUUUGAUAGAAAUAUUUUAUAAACCAUUCUGUUACUGUGCCAUUUUGCUAGUCAAGUGAUUAAGCUGAGGUUGCAGAAGUACUUUUGGACCCAACGUUGCUAAUAGAAUCUUCUGAUAUUCUUUUAAACCCACUUAUCACAAGAGUUAAUGAAUUUGUGAUGUGCAUAAAAAUCAUUUUUGUAGACAUUUUACUUCACACACCACUCAGGAUCAAUGUCCAAUCUCAUUGUUGCUGGAAGCUAUUGAUACUGUGGGACUGUACAUAAAGUUUGUGCAUAUAUGAUCAUGAAUGCAUGUUUCCUUAGAGUCUCAUGCCUAUCAUUCCCCCCUUUCUAAAUAAAUAAUCUGAUUGUAUACACGCCAGUACAGCAAGAAUAAUCACACCAAGUCAACUGAUGUUUUGACUUUAUAAUUUUCCUCCACUUCCUGUAAUGUGAAAAUGAGUAUGAUACCUGUAGCAGUGGGUCAUGACCACUGCACAGAAUUCAGUCAUGUUCUUUGUCAGACACUGAAAUAAGCCACAACAGUGAUCAGUUUGUGUCAUUUACUUUUAAUUAACAUGUGUCUUCUCUUAUGACAUUUUAGUAGCCUGCUAAGAUAUUUAGUCCCACCCAUUGAGUUCUAUAAUAGAAAUGAAGAAUACAGUAUUAGAUAUUUUGUUAGAUGAAAACUGUGUUUUUUUAAAAAUGUUACUUUUUUGGUUGCUUCUGGUGAAGUCUUGUACUUCUUUCAUAGCCAAUAUGCAUAAUCUUACUUUUGUGAUUUUCAUUUUAUAAGUGUGUGGGUGGUGCAUGUUCAUUACUUUAUGAGGUUAGUAUUUGAAAGGAUGGUUGGGUUAGGUUUAAUGUGAAGGUUAAUAAUUUGAAAAUGUUGUCAGACCAUGGCUAGUUGUUGAUCUCUGGUGCUUUUCUUGACAAUUUUUUUAUAAUUCAUUUUUAUGAAUUUUUGGAUCACUUUCUGAAUUACAGGAUUUUUUGUUAUUAAACUUUUUUCAGCAGGGUAUUUGUGGAACAUGCUUUGAAUAAUAAUCUAUUAUUCCUCGUUUAGAAUAAUCAGGAUUAAAAUCUAUAUUCAGAUUGUAAAAUGUUUAGGGAGAAUCCAUUAGUCUAAACUGAAAAUGACACAUGCAGAGCAAAGAUGACUUUUUUGGUCCGACUUCGAUAUUCCCUGCCCAUUAUAGAUGAGAAAAACGAAGUACAAUUAUUUUCAUUGUGUGGAACUUAAGAGACUAGUAAUGUAGACCAAGAUUUUUUGCUUUUGAGUCUCUUUCCUCAGUUCUGCAUUUUACUGGGUUUCUUUUUUAAACCCAUGCCAUUGAUGAUCUAAUUAGAAAAGUGUUGCUGGGACCAGUUUACUAUUUUGCCGUGUGCACCUUAUUGUUGUUCAUUACUCAUAAAAUUUUAGAUUAUAAGUUAAUGUAUUCACUGAAGUAAAAAACAGUCUGAACUUAUAUUUACGAAAGCUGUGCUUGUUUUUGGUAAGGUGAAGCAGUAAAAUUAUUGAAUAAAGAUAAAAAUAUUUCCUCUCAAAUGUGGAGUGACAUUUUGAUACACUGUAUUUGAUGCUUUUCUUAUGUUGGCUUUAGAGCAAUUGGUAAUGCAUUAAAAAAAUGUAAGAGAUGAA